AUGACCAGAAAGGACGGGUCUGACGAGUAUAUAUUUCUCAAUUAUUCGGUCGUGGAUUUUGAGAACGAACAGCUUCCGCCAACACUCGACUGCAACGUAGACCAGGUUGAAGAGCCAAAUAGUCCCAUUGAGGACGAAAAUAUCACACAACUUUCGUUAGCGAGUGAACAACGUCAUUUUGAUACCGACACGUCGCUCCAGCUAUUUUCCGGAAUCUCGGACUCCAUAUACCAAGGCACUCAUUCUCAUUUACUCAACUAUUAUAUCACUGAACUGUGUCCAAAGUGCUCACUCAGCACAACUUACAACCCUUAUCUUCAGAUACUCCUUCCGAUUGCUGUUGAAUUUGCACCUCUGCGUAAUGCUCUGCUGGCUGCUGCGGCUAACCAGUUGAGGUUGCAGCACGAUGAUCGGUUUAAGACUCAUGCCUUCAACCUCAAAUCCGCGGCAAUGAACGGACUAAGACAUCAGCUAUCGCUAGAAGGGAUGGAUUGGAAAAGCCUGGCAACGACAUUGAUGCUUUGUUUUUUUGAUAUAUCUGAUGGAUGUGCUCCUUCUUGGAUAACACAUCUGAAUAUUGGAUUGCACAUGCUCGAGGAACUCAAAGUUACUACUCUGAGUGAGGCCGACCUUAAAGCUUUUUGCCAAAUAUAUUUUGUGGCACACGAGGUUAUGGGCCGAACAGCAUGGGAUGCAGAGACAACUACUGGCGACUACCGCUGGGCUUGCGGCAAUUCUGCAGAGAUUGAUGCUUUGAUGGGAUGCUCUCGUGAACUAUUAUCAAUAAUCAGUCAAAUCUCGUCUCUUGCUGCGCAAUUCCGAAGCAACGGGGAUCAAGACUUCGCGUCGCACCUGGCCAUUCGGAGGGUUUUAGUCCAACGGCUACGUCAGCUUGAUCAAUACUCCCCGGCCGGUACGCAAAACUCAGCGCACCUUCUGCAAGUGGCAGAGGCGAAAAGACUUGCAGCGAUGUUGUAUUUGGAGGAACGGAUACCAGUCCCAGAACAGUCAUCUACCAUAAAUAUACGGAGUAUGGGGAGAAAACGUCUCAUUGACUCUAUCAUCGACAUCCUACGUGUGUUGCCGGCCACCAGCGCUGCAUCCUUGUGGCCUUUGUUCGUGCUCGGGAAUUCACAGCUCGAGAAUGAAGGUCAUCGCCAUUUCGUGCUUGGUAGACUGGCCCAGCUGGAAAGGUCUCGAAAACUUGGCAAUAUCUACCACGCCAGACGCUUAGUGGAGAGAAAGAUUAUUGCGAGAACACUGUCACCUAUUGAGCCUCAGCGUUUGUGGCACCUCCCACGCGGAGUGCUGCGGAAUGAAAACGAAAGAUGGGGAUCUACUACCGGAUAUAGCUUAGAUUAUGUGAAAUUUGUUGGAUUCAACAAUGUGGAACGCUGUCAAAUCUUACUAGGCCAAUUCUGUGACCGAACUCUCACAGAUCAAGAGUUUAUGGCGUCGGUCCACACUCCUCGCAUUACAGUCGAAGCUGGAGCCGAUAUCGACGCGAGAGACUGUUGGGGUAGAACGUCACUCCGAAUUGCUGUCGGGUUUACCAGUACCAGUCUCGAUUUCAUUGAAAUACUUCUUGAAAAGGGAGCAGAUGUUAACGCCCGAGACAUUUACGACCAGACGCCCUUGUUAAAAUCCAUUCGCGGGGAUCCUUGUACCACGCAACUACUAUUGAAGCACAAACCUAGUACUGAAGUAAGAGAUAUUUAUGAUAAUACACCUCUUUCAGAGCUUCAUCCCAGGUGCCGUGCUCGUGAAGGGCCUAUCAAUAUCUUGGAUUUAACUCCUUGGUACGGAGGCAUUGAGAUUAUGGAAGCUCUCAAGGGAAGUGAGCAGCAUUUGUGUUUGUCUCCGCAACUCAUUGAUGAUUUUAUGCAACACAGAGAGUUCAGGCAGACGAAUGGACUAAGCGCUGGAGAGGAAGAUUACAAGGCUUUCGUCCACUUAUUGUCCACUACAAAGUACUCUUGUGAAGAGGGCCGAUACUCUUACGACGAGAAAGGUGACGACGGCGAAGAAGGGGAUGUCUUUGCUGAUGCUAAAGAAUAA